CUGGGCUCCGAUUCCGGCGCCGGGCCCCGCCUGCCUCGUCGAGCUGCGCCGCGGGUUCGGGAGCGGCCGCGCGCUGCUCUGCCCGGGCACUGAGAGCCGGGAGCGGGACCGGAAACCCGCUGCGGGUCCAGGCGACCGGUUUCCGGCGUCGCGCCCCCCGCGCGUAGCCUCACCUGGGCCAGCGCGGCCGGCGGCGGGCGGGGAGGUGAGGGCGGCGGGGCGGCGGCCGCGGCCCAGCCAGGCCGCCCGCCGCCCGCUCGCCGCCGGCGCAGCCAUGGCUAUUUUCAGCGUGUACGUGGUGAACAAAGCCGGCGGCCUGAUCUACCAGCUCGACAGCUACGCGCCACGAGCCGAGGCUGAGAAAACCUUCAGCUAUCCGCUCGACCUGCUGCUCAAGCUACACGACGAGCGAGUGCUCGUGGCCUUCGGCCAGCGCGACGGCAUCCGGGUGGGCCACGCAGUGCUGGCCAUCAACGGCAAGGACGUGAACGGCAAGUACACGGCCGAUGGCAAAGAGGUGCUGGAGUAUCUCGGAAACCCUGCCAACUAUCCCGUGUCCGUGCGAUUCGGCCGGCCCCGCCUCACCUCCAAUGAGAAGCUCAUGCUGGCCUCCAUGUUCCACUCCUCUGCCUCCUUUGCAAAUAGGCUGUUCGCGAUCGGCUCUCAGCUGUCUCCUGAGCAGGGCAGCUCGGGCAUCGAGAUGCUGGAGACAGACACAUUCAAGCUGCACUGCUUCCAGACCCUGACAGGAAUCAAGUUUGUGGUGCUGGCAGACCCUAGGCAAGCCGGAAUAGACUCUCUGCUCCGGAAGAUUUAUGAGAUCUACUCAGACUUCGCCCUCAAGAAUCCAUUCUACUCCCUGGAAAUGCCUAUCAGGUGUGAGCUGUUCGACCAGAACCUGAAGUUAGCCCUGGAGGUGGCAGAGAAGGCUGGAACUUUCGGACCCGGGUCAUAGGCUGACCCUGCAGCACCCACUGCUGCCUUCCCGAACGCAGCCCUGUGGCAGGGCCCACUGGGGCCGCCAGUGGAGCCCCGGGCGCCUUGUUAGUACGUCUGAAGGGGGAGGGGCUGAGCUUACGGUACUGAGCCCUGAGCCUACUGCCCUGCUCUUCCCUCAUACCUGUCCUGGUCCCACUCCCGACUCUGCACACUUUAUUUAUGGAGGAGUGGGCCCAUAAAUGCUGUAAUAAACAUUCCUUUGAUCUCA